AAGAAGAAGAAGACGAGGAUGGUGACGUCAUCACUGCGUCGACACGCAACAACAGACGACAUUGUGGGUUUCGUAAUAUUUUUGAAGGUUUGCUAGCCAUUGUUUUGUUGUUUUAGUAUCAUUAAAACAUUAAUCAUUGGAAAUAUUCUCUACAGAAAGAAUAGGAGCUUCUCCUUUGACAAACAAAGAACGCAAGGAGUGUUACUGUUGUUAUUGUUUUCGUUUUCGUAAGCUACCGAUCUUGUUAAGCUAACACACCCACCAUCUUCAAGAAGAUGGCCUGCACUUUGGAGAAAGUGUUGGGAGAUGCUAGGACAUUGCUGGAGAGGUUAAAGGAGCACGACACAGCCGCCGAGGGACUCAUCGAGCAGUCGGGGGCCCUCAGUCAGAGGGUGCAGAGCAUGAAGGAGGUGGGGAAUGCUGUCCCAGACAAGGCAGAGGACGCAUCAGAGCUCCAGGAGAUGAUCAAGUACAAGCCUCAUGUUCUACUCACUCAAGAAAACACUCAAAUCAAGGAACUCCAGCAGGAAAACAAAGAGCUGUGGCUGUCUCUGGAAGAGCACCAGUAUACGUUAGAGCUGAUCAUGGGCCGUUACCGUAAGCAGAUGUUGCAGCUGAUGAUGGCCAAAAAGGAGUUGGACACCAAACCCGUUCUGUCCUUGCACGAGGAUCACGCCAAAGAAGUGCAGAGCCAGGUGGAGCGAAUAUGCGAGAUGGGCCAGGUGAUGAGACAAGCCAUGCAAGUGGACGAUCAACGCUAUUGCUCCCUUCGAGAGAAGCUUGCCCAGUUAGAGAUUGAGAACAAGGAGCUGCGGGACCUUCUGGCUAUCAGCAAAGACUCAAUGGAGGCAGCAAAGGAAGACGGCACCCAACCAGCACCAGCAACAACACAGGAAAACAAUGCUCAACACGAGUCCAAUAAAUGAUAUAAAGGGCAUCUCAUUGGAACUUUUAGGACUGAAAAGUCUUUGUCCUUGACUUUGUGCUCACUAUGGAUGGAUGGCACUCUGUUAUACCACAGCAUUUUUUCAUAAUGUACUGAUGAUAGUUGUCUAUUUUCCUAAUUAUGCGCGGAAAUUUAAUAUUUGCUUUCAAGGAAGACAAGAAAGGAACAGCAAAUAUGAUUUAUAGUCCGAGUAGCGCUUUAUUCUGUUAUGAUUUAUUCAAAGAUCCUCUGUGACAGGAGCGCUCUGAUGUUUUUACAGUUGAACUUUUUUUUUUUAAUGUCGAAAAUAGUUCUUUGUCAUCUAAGGAAAAGAACGUUAAUAUGGUAGACUUGUGAUUUCAGUCAAAUAAAGUCGAAAUGUAAAUAAAACAUGGCACUUUUAACUACA